CUCAGGUAUGAUAUAAUAUCUGGGUGUGCCAAUGGUACGAAAGAUUAUUGUUAUCGUAAUAAUAGUGAUUCACAAGUCAACCUGACACCAUUCAAAUAAAUGAUAUCACAUUCAGUCUAAAAUAAUCACCAAGUGCUUCUACAUCUAUUACUUAUCUUUGUAAAAUUUACUAAAAACAUUAAAAAAAAAUUAUCAAAAAAACUACCUCUAAGCUAUUGUAAAAUUUUAUAUGAUUUUUUUUUAUCAACAAUUAACAGUUAAUUGAAAUUUAUAUCAUCUAUUUUUUUAACUGGAUAUUUCAACAAGAUUGUUAUUAAUUAUCUAAUCAACAAAAAUGGCAAUUCCAUCAUUUACCGAGUUGAGAGUGACAAAAUGCUGUUGUUUCGAUCUUCGAACUGGAACUUUAAUAAUUGCUGGUUUAAAUUUGCUGGCAUUUAUUAGUUUGAUAAUAAGAUGUAUUGUUGAAUUCUUUACAAUUGAUAAAAAUACAAAUGACGAAUUGUAUGCUAUUAAUUUAAAAUCAAUUGAAGUUGGAAUAAUUGUUUAUACAUUAUUACUAUCUGUAUUUUGUGUGUUACUAAUACGUGGUGUUAUGAGACAAAGAUCGUAUUACAUGUUCCCAUGGUUAUGUAUUAAUUUCUCAAAUUUAUUAUUUUCAAUUGCAUUGUCAUUUGCAAUUGUUGCUAAUUCAUUGAUGUAUGGAGGUUUCGUUGGUUUUAUUGUUUACCUCAUGUCAACUCUCGUCGCACUAGCAAUUGAAGGAUAUUUUUAUUUGGUCAUGUUUAGUUAUUACUGUGAAGUAAUUGAUGCUGAAAAUGGCAAUUCAAGAGGAGUAUAAUUCAAUCAAUUAAAAGUUUCAUAUUUUAUAUAUAAAUAAUAAUUAUAAUUUAUCUGAAUAAAAAUUUUUAAAUAAUUUAAUUAAUU